AUAUUACGAAAUAAUAGUAAUUAUUAAAUAUAAUAUCGAGUUUUAUAAUACAUGUACAAUAUUUGGACAAAGUUUCAAAGUAUAAUCAUAUGAUCACUGCUUUGGUGUAUCACGCAUCAAAUGACAAAAACGUAUUAACGAUUAAAAUAUAAACGGAUGUGAUUUUAGUGACGAUCUGUGAUGGUUAUUUUUGAUUGCUAAAUAUAAAAUAGUGUCUAUAUAGCUCUUCAGAAUAAUAUGAUGACAUCAUGAGCCACAAUCCGUAUUAAAAAACGAUCACACUCUUCGAAUUAAACUCAACGAGCUCGAGCUAAGUGCAUUUUGGGUAUUUGCAAAAGUUAAAAAUUGCGUAUUAGUGUCGAAGAGGAGUUGUAGGAGUUUAUUUCGCAGCGUAUACAGAGGAUAUAUGUUGAUGUUAUAAUCUCAAGUUUCUCGUUAAAUAUUUUUUCCUUCAUUUUGGUAAAAAAGUUAUAUUGUUUAAUGGCUUCUUUAUCAUAUUUUUUUUAGAUUCUGAGUCGAAGAACAUUUGUUGUGAAUCUUUGAAGUAGAAUAUUUAAUCUAGAACGUUAUUAUAUCCUAGAGAGUUAAAAGUCUUUUCUAAAUAAUCAGAAAAACUAAAAACACCUACAUUCACUAGAAAAUCAAUUUUCCUAGUCUAAUAUAUGGUUACCAAAAUAUUUUGCUUAUUUUCAUUAAUCAUAAAGGUGUCAUAGAUAGAUAUUUGACAUUUGGUGAAAAAUUUGAAAUGUAAAACAAAAUUACCUGCUUAUAAUUGUUAUAACAAAUUGAAAAUUUUAAAAAUAAAUAACUACAGUUUUAAAACAUGACUAAACUUGGCGAAAUAAAGCGUACAACAGAACGUUGGAAAAGCAUUGCUAAUAUUAAUAGAAAAGACGAAGUAAUAUUAACAAGACUAAGAAUAAGCCAUACUCGCUACACACACGGCUACCUAAUGAACCGAGAAGAACAAACAGAAUGCGCAUCAUGUGGAGUCCCCCUAACAAUCAAACACAUUUUUGUCGAAUGCAGACAAACUGAAGCCGCCAGAAAYAAGYAURACAUCCCAGAACAUCUAWACGAAUCACUAGGCCCGAACAUAGAAACCAUCACAAAUACUCUAAGCUUCAUCAAAGAUAUACAAAUCGAAAAUUUAUUGUAAAAAAUUAAUCAUAAUAUGUGAUGUAAAAAUAAAAUCAUUGUAAUAACUAAUCUUCUUAAAUUGUUAAUUGCCAAACGUCAAACAGUGGC